AUGAUUGGAAACAAUUCAAAAGUUAUUAAUGAAAUUGAAUCUUUGCAAAAAAAAUGUGCUCAAAAAACAGAAGUCGUUUUAUCAUUAAGCAAAGAAUUAUCUGUGACUCAAAGUGAAGUUAAUAAAUGGAAAGCAAUCGCUGAAAACUUCGAAAGAAAUCUGGCUCAAGUCGAAUUUUCACUGCAAACUCUCACUAAAGCCGAUGUUAAAGAUCUCCGAUCAGAUUGUAAAGUUCUUAGACAAAAAAUUGCGAGAUACGAAGUGGAAACUUUUUAUAAGAUUGGAGAUGCUCAAGAAAAUUACGAUACAAGAGAAGGUGCUAAAGAUAUGCCAAAAAGUAUUGCCAUUAAUGAUUCGAAUAUUUUCAUAGAAAACCUCGAAAAGCUCACGAAUAAGAAUUCACAGCUUCAGAAGGACUUACAAGCUUUAUUGUGUGAAAAAGAAGAACUGAUUUGUGAUCGCGAUUCACUGAAUCGAAAGAUUGAAAGAUUGUCACAAGAAUUGACCUAUUUGCUUAACGGUGAUUCAAAUCGUAUUAUUGAUGAUAUUGAUGGAUUAAUCGCUGAAAACCGAUAUCUUAAAGCACAGUUAAAAAAUGCCGAAGAAGAGACUGGGUUAACAAGAGCGACUCUAAAAAAGUACCAUAAAAUGAUCAAAAAUAAAAUAAAGGUAUCACUCACGGAUAAUGCAACUAAGAGUAAUGGCAAUAGAAUUAGCGCUUAUGAUGCCGAACAAAUACACAAAGUGAUUGGAUCAAAAGCUCUCGAUUUAAGCAACUGUGAUUAUUCCUCUUUAAUGGAAUUAUUGCUCGAUCUAUGUAAUGAUCGACAAAUUGCACUUGCACAUCAGCGCAAUUCUAAUAAAAUUUUGGGCGAACGAAUUGUUGAACUUGAUGCAAAAAUUCUACAUAUGAAUUGCACCGAAAAAUCUCCCAGUCGUCUUUCGCCACGAUCUCCUUUCACUCAUGCUGAUGUUGGCAUACAAUAUGAUUUCCAAGAUUUACAAAAUGUAUGA